AUGCCGUUCACUCUGGCGGCUAGUCGCAAGCGUCGUCAAUCGUCAAAAGUCAACCCCCCAACGAACAGAGGCAAUACAAGCUCUCGAUCCUCCAAAAUACCCCGGUUGAAUCAUCUUCUCUACGAUGGAACAAGCUCAAGGUCAAUAGAAUCCACCAGCACCGGUCAGUCCAAGACCAGCGUCAAGACUCAGAUCAGGAGAGGGGUUACAAACAUCAAGACAAUCCUGAAAUUGGGAGACAAGCAUAAUGCUGCCACACUACAGCCUCAGGCUUGCUUCGCCUCUGCACAUAGCUUGCCGACGAAUUACAUUCUCCAGAAUAAUUCCAGUGCCACAACCCUUUGCCGGCCAUUGACGAUCACAUUGACUGGCAUGAACCAUGAAGACGGUACGACUACCGCACCCACUGUGAACAGUGCACGAACGAGCCCUGGACCUCGCGGGUUGCAAGAUGUUGGUGUCGCAGUCGAAAAAGCUUCUGGUCGAGACGGUCGUUACAUCCGUCGGAGCCAGUCUGUUCCAGGUUUGCAUCGUGCCAUUGCACACAAGUUUCAUCAAGCCUUCAGUAACCCAACCGUUGUGAAAAGGGCCGAUUUGCGGUCCCGUCCAAGUAUUCAGACCUUUGCGCUAGAUGCCGCAGAAACGAACAGUGUCCUACUGUCUUCGACAGCGUCUACUCUCAACAGUGGUUGGGGAUCAACAGCCGAAAGAGCAUCGUCAAGUCCGCUCACAUCUAUUCCUAUCACACCUACUUCUAUCAUGGGUUAUCAAGAGAGUUUGAACUCAUUUGAAACCGAUCGCCAGCCAUACGCGUUGGAGACCCGGAUCCUGACUCCUAUCCCGGAAAUCAAGGUAUCGCCCAGCAUCACUAUCAGGACCGUCGAAUCUGCUGCUGCGGCUAAAGCCUUUUUUGAAACGCAUUUCAAUUCCUUGCUCAAGGAGGCCUCUGGAAGAUCACUUCGGCGACGUGAAUUGGAGUUCAAACUCAAAGAACACCAGUUUCCCACCAACAGUCAGUAUCGGGCCAAGAGAGCGUGGGAGCAGGCAGAGAGUGAGAAUCUCAGACGGAGUCGAGUACUCAAGAACACCACCAACUCUGCCAAAGCCGCCCAAGGAAUACAUAUUGGUGGCUUUGAAGUUAUCAGUAUUCUUGGGAAGGGAAGCUUCGGUGUUGUCCGUCUUAUCAAAGGCAAGCCGGAGACGGAGGCAAGUGAGAAUGACACCACGCAGAUCCAAAGCCAAGGGGGGCGUAAGUCUUGUUGGGUUAGCGUACCGACGUCGUCUGCGCGCUGGCCUAACCCAUUGCGUGAGAAGGGGAGGGAAUUAGUCAGGGAGAAUAAAGAAGUUUUCGCCAUGAAAGUCAUUCGAAAGUCCGACAUGAUUCGAAACGCUCAAGAGGGCCAUCUCCGGGCGGAACGAGACUUCCUGGUUGCCGCCGAAGGGUCAAAAUGGAUUAUUCCUUUGAUCGCUGCCUUCCAAGAUCCGAAGCAUUUGUACCUUGUAAUGGAGUUUUGCAUCGGAGGCGACUUUUUGGGACUCCUCAUUCGGAAAAAUGUCCUCAGCGAAGACAUCACGAGGUGGUAUAUCGCCGAGAUGAUCCUAUGUGUCGAGGAAGCUCAUCGGUUGAGAUGGAUUCACCGCGAUGUGAAACCCGACAAUUUCCUCGUUACCCAUGACGGGCACUUGAAAAUCUCCGACUUCGGUCUCGCAUUCGACGGAGAUUGGAGCCACGACCAAAAGUUCUACCAAAACAGCCGACACUCACUACUAGAUCAAUUGGGGAUUUACAUCGAAGGCGACGAGCAGGACAAGCAGGAAAGAGGUUUUGGGCCCUACCCAUCCAGAGCUUCAAGAUCGACCCAACAACCGCUGCCUAUCAACGCUGAAACAGAGUCGAAGGAUGAACCGGGUAUGGGCGAGCCAAUCCUCGACUGGCGUAAUCGUGCUCAACGGCGACGUCUAGCACGUUCUGUGGUCGGUACAUCUCAGUACAUGGCCCCAGAAGUCAUUCGGGGCGAAUUGAUCCUCCAGCACAGGAAAGAAUUGUCGUUUCCUGAACGAGCACCUCCUUUUGCACCGAGUGCGGAAGCUGCGGACCUAAUUUUGCAGCUUCUAGUUGAAAAGGAACGUCGACUUUGCAGUAAACAAUAUCAGAUCAAUGACUACACCAGGAGAAUUAUUGGAGGUAAGGUGGUCAAAUUCGAAGCCGACAAAACGAGCCGAACCUACGACGGGUACUUUGUGUACGCAAAUGACGCGGGAGAGAUCAAACGCCAUCCUUUUUUCCGUGACGUCGACUGGGCCACCGUUCACCUGCGACGGCCUCCCUAUAUCCCUCGCGUGAACCACUGGGAAGAUACGAGAUAUUUCCAAGAAGAUGAACCCGUUUCCGACAUUGACUCCACGAGCACUUUUGCAGAAGGAAAUGACGAGUUUAUUCAAGCUCUUGACGAACAUGCUGGGCUCACCCUGUUACCAACGGCGGCUCAUCCGUCACCCAAUGUCAGUCAACAUCACCAUGAAGACCAAAAUAUCGUGCCAUCACUCGCCCUCAAUAUGCCUCAAAAGGAUGGUGCUCGACUAAUCCUAGGCCUUGCUCGGCCUGAUAGUCUGGCCGAUAUGAAAAAUCCAUUGUUGGUGCCCCUCGAAACGACAAUGGCGGGUCUCGACGAAAAUAAAUCACUCGGACGUGACAAUACCUAUCAGGUCGACGGCCCCAACGAGUACCUACGCGCAGGGUGCACGAAGCCGGACACGAGACAGAAGGACAGGCGACGACCACGGGACAUUAUCUUGCGAGACACAAGCACCGAUCGUGAGGCGAUGAGAAUACGGAAGGCGUCGGCUUUCCUUGGCUAUGACUAUCGACAGCCUGCGAUGGUCAAGGACAUUGUUGACCAAGUGUUGUUGGAAGAUCUUGAAAUCGCAAAAGCCAAACCCGAAUGGGACACUAGCGAUGUCGAGGAUCGUGAUCUAGCCUUUGAGAAAGGACUCCUUGUUGGCGCAGCAGAUCAUAUAUCGCCAACCCAGAAAUCAGUGACGAUGUAG